AUGGAGGAGGAGUUCGCCAAGCUCAAGCACGCCCACGACGCGGCCAUCCUCCACAAAUGCCACCUCGAGAACGAGGUGCUGAGGCUGAAGGAGAGGCUGGGAGCGACCGAGGAGGAGGUGCGACGCCUCAGGUCGGCAGCUGGGAGCCACGGAGCAUCCGGCGACGGCGGAGACGCCGCUGGCGCCGUUGGCGCGUGUGGCGGGAGCCCGAGCUCGUCCUUCUCGACGGGAACCUGCCAGCAGCAUCCGGGUUUCAGCGGCGCAGACGUGCUGGGGCCGGACGAUGACCUGAUGAUGUGCGUCCCCGAGUAUGGUGGCUACGCCGAUAGCAGCGUGGUCGAGUGGUUUAGCCUGUAUGGGCUAAUUUGA